UGGCGUCGAACACCAUUCAAGUUGCACCAAUGCUUCUGCUGGGAAUUUUCAUUCUCUUUACUUCUAAUUUUGCCAGUGCAAGCUAUGAAGAAGGCAUUCAGAAGCCUAACAAUGUUGUUGUGAAGGGUAGCGUAUUCUGUGACACCCAACUAUCAGAAACCGCCUACAUUUUACCAGGUGCCUUGGUUGCCGUGGACUGUAGCAUCAACAGCAACAGGAAAUGGAAGAGCGGCCAUAGCAUGGUUUAUGUUGAAGGAGAAACAGAUGUAAAUGGAGAAUUCACGGUGGAGCUUCCCACCAUACAAAACCUUCACCCCAGGAAGUCAUGCUCAGUUAAACUUCUCAGCAGCCCCCAUGAGUUGUGUGACAUACCAUCAAUCACUACGUCUUCCCAACUCGUCCUAACAUCUUCAAAUCCCAAUGGAAUGCACAUCUAUGUGUCUACUCCAUUAUCCUACCGUAAAUCCAAACAAUAUGCUAACUUAUCCUCUCUUCUUCGUCGUAGAGCUUUGCAAGCACCCCCUCUUCUUGGCAUUCCUCCACUACCCAAGUUCACUUUUCCUCCUCUUCCUAGCGUUCCUUCAUUACCCAAAUUCUCUGUUCCCCCUCUUCCAAGCAUUCCCCCACUGCCCAAAGUGAGUGUUCCUCCCCUUCCAACUAUACCUCCUCUUAAUAUUCCGAAUGUGGUUGCUCCCCCUCUCCCUAAUCCACCAACUCUCCCUAAAUUGAGCGUUCCUCCUCUACCAAGUGGACCAGCUCUUCCUAAACUAAAUGUUCCACCUCUUCCUAAACUAAGUGUUCCACCUCUUCCUAGCACACCCCCUCUACAUAAGUUGAGUGUUCCUCCUCUACCAAGCGUACCAACUCUUCCGAAACUAAGUGUUCCACCUCUUCCUAACGCACCCCCUCUCCCCAAGUUUAGUAUUCCUCCCCUCCCUAAUGCACCUUCUCUACCAAACUUGAGCAUUCCUCCUCUAAAUAUGCCUUCUAUUCCACCUUUUCCCAAGCUUAGUUUUCCUCCUCUACCCACUAUCCCUUCCACAUUUCCACCAUUUCCUCUUUUCACCCCACCUCCACCUUCUACAAAGGAUGAGACACCGUAAACUCCCAGCUUAGGGCUUCGAAAAUAUUCCUCAAUCAUGCUCAUUUUUAAAUAUAUGAUCCCUUGGCGUGAUACUUGCACCUAGUUCACAUUUCACAUAUAGGAUUGUGUUAUUGUUGUAUCAUUUAUUUAGAAUAAUUGGUGAUAUAUGUCCCAUUCCCUAGUGUUUGUUUUGCACCUUAUUUUUAUUAUAAUGUCUCAUAUAGUUAUUCUAUUAUUUUGAGUAUUUUAUUGUACUGAGAUGUUAACCUUUGUGUACAAGAAGUUUUAUGUACUUUCUUCUAAAGUUAAGGGUGUUGUCAUACCCUCGAUAGAU